AUGAUAGCGGAAGACAAUUUGUCGAUUACAGAUUCAGAAUCAGCCGUUUCAGGCAGUGACGACAAUGAGGUUCAACCCUUUCUUUCGAAUGAUUCAAGGUUCGAAUCCCAGGCUGUGAAUGCACAAGGAUCAGCGGAACUUACAAAAGUGACAUCAACAUCUCUUGCAGGAAUAGUGGCUGAAGAUGUGUUGGAUACUGUUAGCAGGCAUAGUCGUAAGGAUGGUGCCUUUUCAGCUGGUGAAUAUGGGUCGAUAGCUCAUCGGAUAAGCAGCCAAGCAAGUGACCAAUUAGGUGAGGCGUCUAAUCUGAGCCAGGAUGACACUCAGGAUGCAAAUGGUGGAUAUCUCGUGCCAAAAGCACAACUUACAGUAAUUUUGGGAUCUGUGUUUUCGUUGAUCUUUCUUGCAGCACUAGAUUCGACGAUUCUUUCGACAUUGGUGGCGGAUAUUGCGAGCGAUUUGGAUGCCAUACCGUACAUUUCGUGGAUUACGACGGCAUAUUUGCUCUCUACGUCGAUCGUCCAGCCGAUGGGUCGAUUAUCGGAUAUUUUCGGCCGCAAGCCAAUGCUUCAAGGUUGCAUCUUGGUUUUCACAGUUGGGUGUUUGCAGUGUGCAACCGCCAAGACCACCACCUCGUUUGUGAUUGGUCGGUUCUUGUCUGGCUUUGCCGGCGGCUUAAACACGCUUGGAACAAUCAUAAUGAGCGAUCUGAUUCCAUUGAGGAAAAGAGGUGUAUUUCAAGGUCUUGGAAACACUUUCUAUGCUUUGGGAUCUGCAGUCGGCGGUACUGUAGGUGGCUGGAUUGCACAUCGCUUUGGAUGGAGGCUUGCAUUCUGGUUCCAGGUUCCCAUAGGUGUGUCGUGUUUUGCUCUAAUUGCAUACAGUUUGCAUCUUCCGAAACUUGUCAAGAGCAAUCCAGAGGCCAAUGUGAUCGCCCAGUCCUCACUAGCUGAGAAAUUCACACAUGUGGACGUUUCAGGAAUCGUCUCACUCUCGCUAAUGCUUUCUCUUUUCAUCGUCUUGACCUCCUUCACCUUUGAAUCGGCUUUUUCCGUUGCUAUAGUUGCCGUCCUCUUCCUUGCAUCUCUUACAGCCUUCAUCCACUUUGAGACAACUGUCAAAGAGCCAAUUGUCCCAAUCCGGCUUCUCAAGGACCGGUCGGUGCUUGGUUCGUCACUCUCUAACUGGUUUGGCACUAUGUACAUUUACGUUAUUUUAUACUACUACCCGAUCUAUCUCUCUACGGUUUCCGGGCUCAACUCGGAGGAAAUCGGCUGGAGAAUGGUUCCCAUGAUUGUUAUGGGUUCUAUUGCCUCGGUUGGAUCUGGUUUCUACAUGAAGUGGACUGGCAAAUACUGGAAUUUCAGUAUGAUAGUCAACGCAAUUGGAUCUUUGGGCUUGGUUUGGCUUCUUGCCCGUACAUAUCCGUUUGGCUUGAAAACUAAACCCACUACUAUUGAGCAGUAUCUCUUGAAUGUGAUCCCAGAGAUGUCCUACUCGUCUUUGCUCACUGUGACUCUAUUGGCGCUUAUUGCUGCAGUUCCACUUGAUUUUCAGUCUUCUGUUACCUCUAUUCAGUAUGCUUUUAGGGGAAUUGGCUCUGUUUUGGGCACUUCUUUGGGGUCUCAGAUUUUCACGCUUGUUCUUUCUCACCAGAUGGUUGCUAAAUUGACACUUAGCAAACCUUCUGAUGUGUCUGAACGCCAAUUGGCCAAAGUCAUCAAUAGGGCUCUCCACAAUUCUCAAUAUAUAAGAUCUGGUGCGCCUCAAUGGGGUGUAAAUGCCAUGAUUGAGUCUUACGGCAUUGGAUGUUGGUAUUCUUACGUUUUUGCCACUUCUGUCUCGGUCCUCUGCUUGGUUUCUGUUGCCAUGAUUAAGGAAUAUAAGCUCUACAGUACCGUGAAAAGAACUAACUGA